UUCAUUUUUCUAUCUUCUCUCUCUGGAAUUUAUGGUAGCGUUUCCCAAUCGAACUAUGCGGCCGGCAAUACUUUUCAGGACGCCAUGGCGCAAUACUGGAUCUUUCAUGGCGAGAAGACAAUAUCAUUCAACCUUGGUUGGAUGCGGACGAUUGGUAUCAUCGUUGAAAAUGAAGAGUAUCAGAGAGUCCGAGAGAUGGGGGCCGAUAUGAAUCAGAUAGAGGAGGAAGAACUUAUGGCGCUCCUCGACAUAUAUUGUGAUCCAGCCCAUCCGAUAUUUCCGCCUUCUCGAAGUCAGCUACUAGUUGGUGUAGUCACUCCUAGGGACUUUCACUUUCUUCCAGUGUGA